CACACAGUGAAAGAUGUUUAUAGUUCGGAUCUGUAAAUCCGUCGGAGACGUAACAGCACAUUUUCAAAAUAUACUUAUAGGUUCUCGGUUCGCGGUUUCUUCAAGGACGCAACAUCAUAUGAGUAUGUGUGUGCCUGAGUGGUCAACAUGAGACUGUCCUGUGAGGUGGAUGUCAUCAACAGAUUGCUACCCUCACACAAUGUCCGUAAGGCCAGAAGAGGGAGUCACGCCCAGGUGUCCCUUGGACGUAAACCGUCAGCCUCUCGAUGUAGCAGUCAACUGUUCCUUAUGGUGUGUACUGCCAAAGACAGGAAUGGUGUAAAGUAUGUGGUAAAGAAUAAUGUCAGUCAGGUGUUUGAAAAAUUUGUGAGUGAAGGAAAGGCAACCAUUCGAUUCAAGGAACCAGAACAAGAUCUGUGUUUAAGCAAGGCCGACCCCUUACAACUAAAGAGUUUGCUGACACUUGUGCGAGCAGGAGCUCAGGGUCGGGAUUUGGAGAGAGUCACGUUGUCAUCACUGGCUCCAGCAUCCACUAAACAGGUGGAGAAACCAAAGACAGAGCUGACUGUGAUGUCCAGGAAGGAAUACCCAGUGACCAGUCGAUUCCCUGCCAGUCUGGAGGUGCUUGCUGUCCACUCUUGUGGCAUGAAGCGCCUUGAUCCUCGUAUCCUGCAUCUCUCCAGAUUACACACACUUGACUUGAGCCGGAAUUCUCUUACAUCCCUCCCAGAUGACUGGGGUAGACUCAACUGCGUGAGCACACUUAUACUCACUGACAACCAACUGUCAGAAUUACCUUCUGGUCUGUGGAAGAGCCAGUUGUGUGAGACCAUUGCUGUGUUGGAUGUUCGCAACAACCACAUAACAACCAUUCCCCUUCAGAUAUGUGAACUCCACAAACUGGUCUGUCUCAGACUUAAUAACAACGGUUUUGACUCGCUGCCACCAACUAUUGGCAAGCUUACCAACUUGAAAGAACUGGCCAUUGCACAGAAUAAGAUAGAGGUCCUACCAGCAGGAUUUUCACAACUUCGACUUGAAAAUCUUGAUGUCUCAGACAAUCCAUUUGACCUGAGUGUAGAAGGUGUGACAGGCGAGGAGCAACUGGUGUUCCCCACAUUGCUGGAGUGUGUGGCAAGAGCCAUCAGAAAAUACAGGAUCCCCUACACAGAGGAAGAUUUGUUCCCUCAUCUGUACCACUUCCUGGCUGCAGCCCGGCAGUGCUGGUGUGGCAAUUUCUGUUUCACCUGCAGUUCUCGUUACUUCAGUCAUGUCAAUCUGCGUCACUUAGUGAGCAACACUUACAGUGCCAGCCCAGGAGUCAGUUCUGUCCCAAUUGAGGGCUUCCUCUGUUCCCAACAUUGCCUGAUACGUUUCAAGCACAACCCAAGAGCAUACUGGAGGAAUUAACUUACUGUACAAUCUACAUAUGGUUGAAAUGUAUAAUUCAUCAAUGCCAAGAUAAUGAUACGUUUCUAUCAAUAAUGUCUUUGAAACCUUGGUCACAAAAAACCAGAAGUCAAUAAUGUCACACAAAUUCAUUAUUGAUUAUGACCACCAUUAGAUGUCUGUCAGGAUUGAGGUCUGGGGGCCAGGAAACCACUGGUCAGUCCAGUUGUGUUAGAUGUUUUGGUUGUUCAUGAACAGUAUGAUGGGUGGUCUGAUGAUGUCAUAGCAGUAUUGCCUAGCUGUAAGAUGACCUUGAAAUGAAACUUGAAAAUUUUAACAUCGCCGAAUGUGGGAGGUUCGUUGAAGUAUACCUGAUAAACGCUUGGAUAUAUCUGGCGACAGCAAGGCGGGAAUCGCCGCAUCUGUAGGAUUCGUCGAAGGUCUUUAUGGCUCGGUGAAAUUGGGAUGGGUUUCUGAACCCAAUACAAUUGCCGCAAAGACAGCCAAACUGGAAGGAAUUGCAGAACUGGUAUGGUUGUCGGUAGUUGGUUUGGGAGACAUGGAUGUAGUGCUUCUGCUUAUUGUCCAGUUCAAGUUUUCUCAAGUAUUCUCUGGUUAUAAAAAUAGGUGAGGAAAUGUAUCUGUGAAUGGUGUUGUUUAUUGAGCCUUAACUGGGAACACACUCACCACUGGACUGUCAAUAUUAGACUUCGAUGGGUUCAUAGGACACAAAUACAGGUUAGUCUACAUAAAGGCGAAACAAGCGUCUCAAACAUUUCGCUCAAAUAAAUGGGGUGACACAUGGUCAGCCAGAAGGCAUGCUGCAUGCUUCAGAGACUGAGGAUGUCCAGGAUCCAGAGCAGAGGAGCAUGUUGGGCGAAUGGUACAAGAGAGGCCAAAAACCUUGUUUACAGGUCGUUUCCGCUCAGCUGUCAAUCAUAAGAGAGCGGGUACAAUCCGUGCGAUAGGAUAAGUUUAACAUUUAUUAAUUAAAUUUACAACUUAAAACCCUUGUAUAAUAAAGUAUUGAAUGAAA